UAUAGUGCAUGUGUGUGUCUACUCAAAAUAUUUUGUACAUGUUCUCCACUAUGUAGCAUUUCUCAUAUUAAUUAAUAUAGUAUAUUGUUUCUUCUUUGUGAAUAAGAGACUACAUUGCAUUGCUUGAGUUCAAAAGUGGCAUCACAAUGAAGAGAAAUUUUUGUUUGGAGUCCCAUAAAUCAAUGAACGAGGAGUUGAACGUAAAUCAUCAAUUUGUAGUCAAUAUUCCUCACCACAAGUUUGAAGAAAGGGAACUUCAGGCUAGAGUGAUGAUGUGGUUGGCAAGUCAAGAAAUGGAAGAAAAGAAUGGUAGCAAAGAAUCAACACCAACACUAUCCCUUUCAUUGCAACCUCGAGCAUUAUUAAUGCAUACCUCACAUGGCUUUUCCGUAAAGCGAUCUCUUCAAAAUUUCCUUGAGAAAAGAAAGGAAAGGAUUCAAAGUCACGUUAUAACUCAUGAUAAUAAUAGUACAAAUUAGUUGGAAUCAAUUUAUUUAUGCUCUUAAAUAUUUUGUGUACGAGGGAUCAGUUGUAGCCUACAAAAAUGUGUAUUUUAUGAUGUUAAUCAGUAUAGCCAUGACUAGACAAUUAAGGCACGUUUUUAUAUUGUUAUGAAUGUAG